AUGAAAGUUUUACUUGUUAUUCUCCUCGCUUUCUUCGUUUUGGUUGGUAAGUUCAGGGGGAGGGUUGAUUGUGACUCUCUAGGCGCAGAUCCUUGUCGGAGUGGUCCUCUCUAGACGCGACACCUAUCCAGAGUAGUUCUCAAGGCGCGACGCCUUGUUGGAAGGAUUCUCUCUAGGCACCACACCUAUCCAGAGUGGUUCUCAAGGCACCACACCUAGCUAUAAUGUUUUUUCAAGAGAUGGCUCCUUGUCAGGGUUAGUCUUUAGGCACCUUACCUAUUCAGAUAUUGAAUUUUAAAAUUGAUCAUUUCCGCCCUAAAGUUUGUAUAUUUUUCAGAUGCCAAAAGCAUUCCUCGUGAAGACGACAACAACAUUUCAAAAGAUUGUGGUGCUCCGUUCUACAUGGUAGAAGAAAUCGAAUAUGUACCUUUAUUUGACAAAUUAACUACUACUCUACAGCCAAUUUAUACUGGCGAGCCCUUCUAUGAAGUUAAUAUGUGA